UCACAACACGCCCCACGUUGCGGGCCCGCCCCGGCAGGCCGUGCGCGCGCGCGCACGCAACCGCUGCUGACCAAUGACAACACAGCUGGUUGGGCGCGCCCGCAGAAAAAUUGGACGUGCUCGUCUUCUUGCAAGACGUCCGCCCCGCCCCGCUCCGGCGCUGACUUCAGGUCCCCGGCGGCCGCCGUAGCCGGAACUGUUUGGAGCGCGGCGGCCCGGGUGUGGGAGGGCGAGCGGCGGCAGCCCCGGCGCCCUCAGCCCUGUCAACCGCACGCCGGUCAGCGGAGAGGACGUGCGAAGGGAACGGUGCUCGGCGACCGCAUCUGACAUACGACCACCAGCCCGGCGUCGCGGCCUCGCCGCAGCCGGAGCUGCCCGGCCCGGUUGGUUCUGCGGGCGCCCGCGGAGGCCCGGGAUCCGGGAUCCGGACUGCCGGGAGGCGUGGAUGAAAAAGGAUGACAGUGAAGUUGGGUGACGCCGGCAGCGGGGAGGAAGGGCUCAAGAAGCUGGGCAAGCGGACGGCCGAUGAGGAGUCGCUGGACGGAGAGGGGCCCGGCGGCGCGGACGCGGCGGAGGACAGCAGCAGCAGCAGCACAAAGAGGGACGGGCAGACCCCUCGGGCCGCAGGAGCCCCGGCGCCACCCAGAGGGUUACCGACGCCGUCCCCACCACAGGGCAGUCCCCAAGACCAGCACCACUUCCUCAGGUCCAGCGUGCGGCCACAGAGCAAGAGGCCCAGGAAGGACGCGCCCUGUGCUGUGGGCAGUGGUGGUGCCAGCGGUUCCGGGCCGCGCGGAAAAGGAGGUGACGGUGGCGCAUCAUCUUCUGGAAACAUCUCUGUGGUUGCUCCUGCCACUCCUGCAGGAGGUUCGCGCUCCUCUUCCCGGAACUUAGGAUCAUCAGGGCCUGAGAAGGAAGAAGGAAAGAAGGUCCGGAGGCAGUGGGAGUCAUGGAGCACAGAGGACAAGAAUACCUUCUUCGAGGGACUGUAUGAGCAUGGAAAAGACUUUGAAGCCAUUCAGAACAACAUUGCUCUCAAAUACAAGAAGAAAGGCAAACCUGCAGGCAUGGUGAAGAACAAAGAGCAGGUCCGCCACUUCUACUACCGCACCUGGCACAAGAUCACCAAGUACAUUGACUUUGACAAUGUGUUCUCUCGAGGGCUAAAGAAAUCAUCCCAGGAACUCUAUGGUCUUAUCUGCUAUGGAGAGCUACGAAAGAAGAUCGGGGGUUGUAUGGAUGACAAGAAUGCAACGAAGCUGAAUGAACUCAUUCAGGUUGGAGUCCUGCUUUUCCCUGAGCUUCAUCUGGUUGGAGUCAACCAGUACACAGCCUGUUUAGAUUGGCCUCUACCAUUCACGGCUCUAGCCACCACAGUACGCUAUAAAGGGAGAAAUCUGAGGAUCAAGGCACCCAUGUGUCGGGCCCUAAAGAAACUCUGCGAUCCAGACGGUAUAAGUGAUGAAGAGGACCAGAAGCCAGUACGCCUACCCCUGAAAGUCCCUGUAGAGCUACAACCACGGAACAACCACGCCUGGGCACGAGUACAGAGCCUGGCCCAGAACCCGCGUCUCAGGAUGAUUGUGGAGCUACAUCGAAAAGUCUCUAGCCUCAUUGAGUUCUUGAAGCAGAAGUGGGCACUCCAUGAAGUACGAAUUCGGAAGACACUUGAGGAGAGGCAGCUGCAGGUCUCAAGCACAGCACAGACCCAGGAGAAGGUGGCAUUGCACCUGUUCCCAGGCGAGAACUGUACGCUGACACCACUGCCGGGUGUGGCCCGUGUGGUACACUCCAAGGCCUUCUGCACUGUACACUGGCAAGAGGGUGGCCGGUGUAAGCAGGGCACCAAGGACACACACUCGCUGCCUCCAGCCCAGAUCCUGGGCAUCCAGAGUGGUCAGGGAAUAGCCCGGGGCCAGGUGAAGUGUCAGAGGGGCAGUACUGAAGGCAAAGGUGGGGGGCGGCUCCUUCCUAAUGCAGAUGCUUCACAGAGUUCAGGGGAGAGUUCCCCUGAGAGUGCUCCUGGAGAGGGGGCAACUCCAAGUAUGAGCAGCUCGGAUGCCCCUGACAGGCCUCCUCAUGGGCACCAAAUCUCUGGCCCACAGCUUGAGAAGACCCCUCUAGCAGCCCUUGCAGUGGGUGGGGACAGCCCCAUUCAAGAAUCUGGGACCCUGCCAUGUUCCUGCGGCCACCCCCCAGAUUUGGACGAUGAACUCUCACUCCUUGACCCCUUUCCCCGAUACCUGAAGUCUUGCCAGGAUCUCAUCAUCCCAGAGCAGUGCCGCUGUGCAGACACACAUUCUGGGAGAGAACACCCACUUCUUGGCCGGGUAGCUUCCCCAGAGGCCCUCAUGCCCAGCAGCAGAGAUGUUGCCGACAACGGUCACCCUGGCCCGGACCCUCAAACUGGCACCGAUCCUCAACUUAACCCCAGGCUUCUGCCAGAUAUUUGUACUAAAGAGCUGGCAGAUACAGCUCCUGAAGAGUCCCAGGAGAAAGGAAGCCCCUCAGAACCUCUGUUGUCUCAGGGACAGCCUGCUGCCAGGCCAUCAAAGGAAGUCCCUGCCAGCCAGCUGGCCCAGCAGCUGCGUGAGGAGGGCUGGAGCCUGCAGACCUCGGAGAGCCUCACCCUGGCUGAAGUCUACCUCAUGAUGGGCAAGCCGAGCAAGCUGCAGCUGGAGUAUGACUGGCUGGCUGUGCUGGGCCCUGAGAGCCAGCCACCCACAGCACAGGGCCAGGGUGCCCUGCCCCGCUCCCCGCCCUCAGCCCUCCACCAGCAGCGCCUCCUGAACUGCCUCCUGAGGCUCAUCUCCACUGAGGUCCAUCCCAAGAUGGCUUUUGAAGCAAACACAGCAUCAACAGCUUCAGUCAGGCCCACCCAGGAGGAGCAGUCCACAACCCCCCCAGGGAAGGUAGUGACCAUCAGCUCUCGGAGUCCCCGCUGCUCUCGAAAUCCAUCUGCCCUCCGAAGCAGCAAGACUUUCCCAUCUGGUUCUGCACCUUGUUCUCCAGGUUUGAGAAAUCCCCCAAGGCCUCUCUUGGUGGCUGGUUCCUCCAACACAGGAAGCAGUGACUCAGAUGGUGGCCUCUUCGCUGUCCCAACGACUUUGCCACCCAAUAGUCGACAUGGAAAGCUCUUCUCUCCCAGUAAGGAGGCGGAGCUGACGUUUAGGCAGCACCUGGACUCCAUCAGCAUACAGUCAGACUUUUUCUCACCAAAACCCAAAAAACUACGGAAACGGCACUUACGAAAGCCACUGGUGGUCCAGAGGACACUGCUCCCUAGACCUUCUGAAAACCAGUCCCACAAUGUGUGCUCCUUCUCCAUCCUGUCCAAUUCUCCUAUAGCCGGGAGAGGCUGGUUCCGGCCCAUCCAGUCUUCUCUGACCAAAGCAGCUCUGUCUCGACCGAUAGUGCCCAAGGUCCUCCCAUCUCAGGCCACCAGUCACCUGCCCAGUGCCAUCGACUUAGCAGCUCAAAGUGCUGGCAUCAUCCCUGGAAGUCCCUUGCCAGUUUUAGAUACCGAUGGCUCAUCUGGCGUCUCUCCACUGUCUUCAGAACAAGUAACCACUGCAAUCUCGGGGCAGAGUGACACUGGACCACACCAGAACAGAGACGCUGUUAGUUCCAUAAGUGGCACUAGUGACCCGUUUAUCAGCGUUCCAAGACAAGAGCAGGAGCCAAUGACAGACGGUUUCCAGGGAUCAUCUGUUCUAUCCUUACCUGAGUUGCCCAAGGCUCAUCUCCAGAAUGGCCUUUCCACACCUUUACCCUCAUCAGAGAGCUCCAGCACUCGGCUCUCCCCACCCAAUGUUUCUGCACUGCUGGACAUAUCCCUACCUGGUCCGCCUGAGGAUGUUCUCUCACAGGGAGAACCUGCCACACAGAUCAGUGACUCCAUCAUUGAGAUUGCCAUCAGCUCUGGCCAGUAUAGUGAAGGAGUUCCUCUUUCUCCAGCAAAACUGAAUGGCAGUGACAGUUCCAAGAGUCUCCCUUCCCCAUCCAACAGCCCCCAACCCAACUGGAUUGCCUCUCCCACUCACGACCCGCAGUGGUACCCCAGCGACUCCACAGAUUCCUCGCUCAGCAGCUUGUUUGCCAGCUUCAUAUCCCCAGAGAAGAGCAGGAAGAUGCUACCAACUACUGUUGGGGCCAACAGCGGCACAUCUUUGCUUGGCCCUAGCUUGUUGGAUGGAAAUUCAAGGGACUCUUUUGUGUCCAGGUCUCUUGCUGAUGUUGCAGAAGUGGUAGAUUCCCAGCUGGUGUGCAUGAUGAAUGAGAACAGCAUUGACUACAUAUCUCGAUUUAAUGACCUGGCCCAAGAAUUGUCCAUCAAUGAGCCUGGCCGCCGAGAGGUUCUUUUUGAUGGUGGAGGAGGUGGUAAUCCUGUUGGUGACCUCUCUCAGUGACUGUGCCUUGUGACAUGGGCAUCCUGGAAUCCACACGGGAAGUCUACGGGCUGGCCCAUAGAAACCGUCUUCACAGUAGAGAGAGUCAAGCCCAGAACCCCCAGAAGACGGUGAACCAGAGCACCUCUAACAGCAUAUGAUAUGCAGCCAUAGGAGCAACUGAUCAUGGCCUGUCCCAACAAGCAGGGGCAGUACCAUACACAGACCAGGACAAGCUCUGAGAAGGGUAGAUAGACAUGAGAAAUUUAAGUAUCAGAGCCCUUACUCACAGUCCUGUAGCCUGUGUGGCAAUUCCAACUGUGUGUCUGCAUGUUAAGCCUUCUAGAGGGUCUCUCAAGAGACAUCCUGGUGUUCUUUUGUCUUGGGAGCUGUUAUCCUAUGUGCAGGGAAGCCACCGCCACUGCUGCUUUCUUUCUGAUAUUCUUUCCCCACUUGGCUGUUAUGUCUGCAGUGAGGUUGGAAGGGACAGUGAGUGUGGACCAGGCUCAUGUUUGGUGGUAUCUGCAAGCUAAUACACUUCCUGGAUGCCUUGACUAUGAAGCAGAGAAAGAUCCCAGAGUCAUGUAUCUAGCAGAGGUUUGGUUCUUCCUGGAGUAAGAAGGGGGAAAGAAAGUAUGGGUGUAUGGAUGUUUUAUAGGGUCCUACAAAGCUGGUUGGAAAUGAUUUUCUUGUGGUUUAAGAAUUAGGAGACAUGGGCAAGGAAUAGUAAGAGCCCUCUAUGUAGGUAGCUCUGCUCUCUUCCUGUCCUGUGCUUAAUGCCCAGUUCUUUCUAAGUGACCUAAGACACCAUUCUUCUUUACUUGCCUGGCUGCGCUCCCACCCCCCCCCCCAAUACACUGCUUUGUCUACAGAUAAAGCUUUAUGUGUGCUCUAAUUUUUCAUGUGUUAUUGCUGGUGUCUGAGGGGUGUCUUUGCCCCAGGCUGCCUCUCUUCCCGUUCUGGGACUCAAGCAGGGUUUAGAUGUCAGAGUAUGGUAAGAGCUCACCACUUGGUGUUUCAGCAGCUCUCUUCUGGAGUCCAACAGUGUUUAGCAGUCAUGAUUGUGGCCAUCCUGCUUAGAACGGUGCCAACAAGAGUUCCAUCCCCUCCUUUGCCCUCAGUAGAUCCUUGCAACACAGUCACUCUCCUGCCAGACCCAGUACGUUCAGGGAGCUAUGGCUGUGGUUCCGGGGACCCUCUCACUGCUCUCUCCACACAGCAGCCAGGGCUGACAGGUCCUUUUCCCCUCCCUCCCUCCCUCCCUCCCCCUCUCCCCCUCUCCCCCUCUCCCCCUCUUUCUCUCUUUCCUUUUUCUUUUUUGAGGCAGGAUUUUUUUUUUGGCUUGUUUUUGGGUUUUUGUUUUUUAUAGCCCUGGCUGUCUGUUAUGUAACUCACUCUGUAGACCAGGCUGGCCUGGAACUCAGAAAUCCACCUGUCUCUGCUUCCCAAGUGCUGGGGAUAAAGGUGUGUGUCACCACACCCAGCUUGACUAACUCCUGAAACUGCCACCUCUGCUCUCUAUCUGUUCUCUCCUGAGUUGCAGAGUAGUCCUUAAGAGCAGCCCAGGCCCUAUCUGCAAUGAAGAAAGGGAUGGAAGGAAACCUUCCCAGUGGGAUACUUGGUCCAAUUGUCUCACUGGCUCCUCCAGAUCCUAGAAUGCAGGCUCCACUGCAGGAACUGAGAGGAUAUUGGCUCUGGACAGCAAAUUCCUUUACCUCCUAGGAUCCUCCUGUCACUGGUACCGGUAAAGGAUCUGGCCCAGACCGUUACCAGACCAAAUCUAAAACUCUUAGAGGAUGAGAAGAACAGAAGCAGUGCUGUUAGGACAGACUGGUGAGGUCACUGGUGUGUCUUUACCUAGUUUUGUGCUGUCAGCACGCCCUUACUUAACUGAAGGUGUUUAGAGCUUGCAACUGUAGCAUGAUUAGGACACCAGGCUCAGCUUAGGCCAUUGCUAGCUGCCAUUGCACUGUUUCAAGGAGACUCUCCCACAUUAAGCAUGGGUGCUUGAGGCAUCCUGGUAACUGAGCAUAUAGUACUAGGCAGUUGGUUUCCUGAGCUGAUUCCCAUCAGGCAAUGAAUGCCUUGAGGCACAUAUUACUCUGUCCUCUAAAAGGGUUAAGACUGCUUUGAGGAACAGAGGCUACAGCCCUUGUCACCUAGCAGCAGGGAACUUGAUAGGAUUCCAGAAGAUUCUACUGCUUUAACAGACAGACACAUUUGCUCAUCAUCACCAUGUUAAAGGAUAAAUAGUGGCAUCUGUAGCAGAGAAUCAGUGGGUGUAACUUCUCCCAACCUAAUCAAAUAUCCAUAGGUAAAACUGGAAACUGUUAAAAGGUUGGAGAUUUUUUAAAACAGCAAGGACGGCUCCUGGGUUCUACAUCUUUCUCUGCCUUUCCAUCAGUUUUGAUGGUUCAUGUUCACCUAGGGCUUCCUCUGUGCAUUGGAACUUAGUGUGAUAUACAUGAGAUCCGUUUUUGAGAUCUACUCCUCCCCUCUUCCCCCUACACACAGGGGUUCUCUGUGUAACCCUGGUUGUCCUUGAACUCACAGAGAUCCGCCAGCCUCUGCCUCCUAUGUGCUGGGAUCAAAGGUGUGUGCCACCAUCGCCUGGCUGAGAAAAUGUUCUGUUAAUAAUAAUGUCUUAGAUUUUUUUGUUGAUUCGUCUUUUCAGAAGAUUGAGAUCCAGGAUCUCUGGUGCUUGGGGUGGAUUAUGUCCUAGAGGAGAUGCUCAGGCGAGCUGAAGUUCAUAUAUCCUGUAGAGGCAGAGUACUUGCUCAGGGAGUAUGACUUUGGGGACAUUUCAUCUGUUGUUCAACCUUUUUUCCCCACCCUGUUCUUUUUUUCAUUCCUUGUGGCCUCACUGCUAGGGGAAGUCUCAUUCAGUUUAAUAGCAUUUUUAACCAGACCACAUUAUUAGAAAUGGUCAAAACAAAUUUAGAGGGAAAUCGCUUCAUGUACUUUUUAAAACAGAUCCGCCAGAUGCAUUCAUGAGGAAAUACCGUACUUUGUCUUAAUUUAAUAAAAAAGAAAGGAAAAAUAACUUUAAAGAAGUAAAAAGAAGGAAGAAACCCACAGUAUACCUUUCCAAGAGGAUAGCCUGAUGAGGUCAGUCCAGUUUUGGAAGCACUGCACCAGCCCAACCCUUACUAGUUAGUAAGAUCACUGGCUGGAGGGGUGCAGCCAGCAGGCAGAACUCAUGCUGUUUGCUUUGAUAAUCGUUAAGCCAUAUCAUCUGAGGUUUCCAGCUUGAGAUGUGAAUUUGUUUUAUAGACUAUAAAUAUACAGUGUAUGUAUAAAGCAGAAUGCCUGUCCUUCUGAUUAUUUUUUGUACCAUAUUGUAAAUUACAUUAUUUAUUCUUUACCAAUUUUUUGGGAAUAAAAGGUGUUUUGGUUAUUUAAUAUAAUAAACAAAAACUGUUAAACUUCAGCUAAAAUUUCCAGUUCAGCUUGUAAAUGUUUUUAUUGUGCAUAAAUACAUACUAAUACUUGAUCUAA